AUGGCCUCACUGAAGAAUCGAACGUCCGCGACCGCGGCCCCGCCCAACUACAGCGAUGCCGUCGCUGCUCCCAACAACCCGCUCCAGUCCGACUUCGCCGCCACCGACGACAGUGCCAGCAUCGAUUCCGACGAACGUUACCUGCGUGCUCUGGGAUACAAGCAGUCCCUCCAUCGACAAUGGAAGUUCUUCGAAAGCUUUGCGGCCAGCUUUGCUGCACUGUAUGUCGUCGGAGGCGUUCGCACAACAUUCACGAUCGGAGUUGGAGCAGGUGGUCCAGCAGCUUAUUGGUCGAGCUACGUCGUGACUUGCUUCUUUGUGAUGAUCACUGCGGCAGUCCUGGCUGAGAUUUGUUCAGCCCUUCCUGCAGCUGGAUCCAUCUAUUUCUGGGCCGCAGAAGCUGGUGGACGCCGUUACGGCAGACUCUUCGGUUUCAUCGUUGCUUGGUGGAGCACUACCGCCUGGACCACGUUCAUUGCAAGCGACUGUCAAGCGGCCGCCAACUUUCUGCUUUCUGAGUUGACUGUCUUCGGAGUCGACUUUCCAACGGACACCAACAACGUCAAGUUUCGUGCAGUACAGUGGAUCGUUGCCGAGGCGAUACUGUUCAUCUCCAUUGGCAUGAACUAUCUCAGCCCGAGCACCUACAAGACCGUCUUCCGCAUAGCUACUGGCCUCAUUGUGUUGGACUUCCUCAUGAACAUCAUCUGGCUUCCAAUUGCUGUCUCCAAGACGUACGGUUUCCAAGACGCUAAAUACGUUUUCACCCAGACAUACAACGAGACCGGAGCUCCACCUGUCUGGAACUGGAUGCUGUCCUACUACGUCACGGCUGGUGUCUUGGUCGGAUUCGAAGCCAGCGGACACAUCUCUGAAGAGACGAAGAACGCAAAUGUCGUUGCGGCCAAGGGCAUCUUCACAUCUGCUCUUGCAUCCGCGGCAAUGGGAUUCCCCAUCGUCAUCCUGUUCCUCUUCUGCCUGCCAAAUCUGGACACGCUGUACGCACUCAAUGCACCGCAGCCAUUCGUCUCCAUCUACGAUCUCAGCAUGGGCAGAGGAGGCCAUGUGGUGAUGAACGUUGUCUGCAUUCUCGGACUUAUCUUCAACGCGACGGUGGCUGGUGUGGCAAGCUCUCGUCUCAUCUGGGCUGUCGCUCGUGAUGGGGUCCUUCCAUUCUCUGGCUGGAUCUCCAAGGUCUCCGAGAAGAAAGAGCCAAAGAACGCGAUUAUCGUGAUGCACGCAGUUGCUGCUCUCCUGUUGUGCACGAUCUUGCCAUCGCCAGUCGCCUUCACCUCGCUCGUCAGCGCUGCUGGAGUUCCCACAAUCACAGCUUAUGCUCUGAUCUGCUUCGGCCGCACUUUCAUAACGCCUCAUAACUUCAAGAAGUCGGCUUGGUCAUUGGGCCGCUGGUCUCGCCCGAUGAACUUCAUUGCAUUCGUCUGGAAUCUCUAUCUCGCUGCUGUCCUGUUCUCCCCGCUCACUUUCCCGGUCGAUGCGGACACCUUCAACUAUUCGCCAGUGAUCUUUGGAGCCAUCACCAUCUUUGGAAUCCUGACGUGGUGGAUCUAUCCAGAGGAUCGGUGGUUGCCCGCCGCCAGACUUGGUAAGGUACACGAGAUCAGCCACGAGCCAACUGGGCAGGCUUGA